CGAAUGCCAUCGUCACAUACAUCGCCUCAGGUAUGCCGACCACACUUUCAUCCGCCCUUAAGUUCAUGGUUAACCAGCGAUCAUAAAUCAUUUCCGCCUGGCAGUCCGUGGGGUAGUCCGUUUGCAUGUCCACAGGAUCCGCAGGAUAAAAUUGGCGGCCAAAUACAAAGCCAUCAAACGGGCCAGCAUUCAUUUCCAUUCCCUCCAACACCGCCAAAGGACUCUACGCCCGAUUCAGUACAAACAGGCCCAUCCGAAUAUCAGGCUGCUGUGAACGCAUUCAUGCAUCAAGCACAAGCAUCAACUACCUCACUUAACGAUACAAGUUGCGCAUUGGAUAUCAAACCAACGAUACCAAACGGUAAUGUCGGAGUUGGUGGCGGAGGCGGCAUCGGUGGAGUAUCAAAUCAAGUUCCUGCGCCCAAACAACGCGAAGGUACGAAUGCGGGUAACAGUAAUAGCAAUAACAACAACAAUACCAGCAGCAAUAAUCACAAUACGCAUGGGGCUAGCAAUAAUAAUAAUAACAACAACAAUAAUAAUAAUAAUAAUCAUUCAACAAGUAAUAAUAAUAAUAAUAAUAAUAAUUCAGCAUUAAAUGGUGGUGCAAGCAGUUUAUUUGAUAGUACACAAGCUGCAUAUGGGGUAGGUGGCGGCGGUGUAGGUGUAGGAGGCAGUGUUGGUUAUGAACCUAGUUAUGCUGCAGCAUAUCACCAUCACCAUCAUCACCACUCUCAUCAUCAGGCAGCAACGGCUGGAAUGUUUCAAACAGCAGCCAGGCAAGCGGGUAUGAGCAGCCAAGAUGUGAAACCACAAAGGACGAAGCCACGCACAAGUGCCGAAGGACGAGAAUGUGUAAACUGUGGCGCCACAUCAACGCCAUUAUGGCGAAGAGACGGAACCGGACAUUAUCUAUGUAAUGCAUGUGGAUUGUAUUAUAAAAUGAAUGGACAAAAUCGACCACUGAUAAAGCCAAAGCGAAGACUGACUUUGCAGUCAUUGCAGAGCGCGGCCAAGCGAGCGGGGACAUCAUGUGCGAAUUGCAAAACCACAACAACAACCCUUUGGCGGCGGAACGCCAGUGGUGAACCAGUAUGCAAUGCCUGCGGUCUUUAUUAUAAACUUCACAAUGUUAAUCGUCCUCUGACAAUGAAGAAGGAGGGUAUACAAACGAGAAAUCGAAAGCUAUCUUCGAAGUCAAAGAAAAAGAAGGGGCUUGGCGGUGCAUGCCUUCCUAUUGGUAGUCAUUUGGGUAUGAGCGAUUUAAUGAAACCAUUGGAUUCUAAAGGCUUUGGAGGUGGUUUCUCAACGUCUAUGGGACAACAUGGACACUUAUCAGGAGGUUUGCAUCCAGCUCAUGCUCAUAUGCACGGAGGAUGGUAUGCCAGUGGAAUGGGUGCAUUGAGUGCCUCAAGCGGACUACAAGGAGGUUUCUCAACAGCCGGUUCAUUAGGAGGAGGUGUUGUACCUCAUUCCCAGUCAUACCACUUAGGACUUAGCUCCAUGGGCACAUGGAGGCCUGACUACACGUGAUGGAGCGGGAAUAAUUUGAACAGCAAUAUUUUUAAUUAAAACUUACUUCAAAUGCAACUUAGACCGAUUUACAAUUAAAAACACACACAGAAACAGAAAACACCACAAAAUAAUGAUUUUUAUUUUUGUCACCAAAACUUCUUACCACAUUAGGAUGAGUUUAUACCACCAACUUUAUAAUAUCUACAACUGGGACUUAACUGACUUCAUAUCCUUGCAAGCAUAUAAAUGAUUUAUAUGACCUCUUUUUCUAUAAAUAUGUAUAUAUAUGUACCUCCACCCUACACACCCUACACCCUAUACCCGUUAUCAUUGUAAAAAGUCAGCCAGGUGAAUUUAUGAGCUUGGACAUAUUUUACAUAUUUACAUCAUUCAGCACAGAAGUCACCAUGCCACAAAAUCAUGCAAUUAGUGGUCGCGCCACCGAACAAAACACAACCACAGUGUGAAUACGAAUAAGGAGACUACUGUUACCCCUUUACUUUUUAACAUCCUUCGAGCUAUACACAGUACACUUACAAUACAACCCUCUAAGGAGAAUAAAAGAAAUGGCUGGUUUUAAUUGAGUGCAAGCAGGAAGGGAGCAGGGGGAGGGGGUGGCUUAUAAAGGGGUUGUUGAAUGUGUGACGGGGGAGAGAAUCAGGAACCCAGUGCGAUUUAACUUUGAUUUAUACAGGCGUAACCUUAAUUUAUUUUAGUAAUGAAUUUGAGCUACGAAUUACAUAAAUUGCGUGCAAUUCCUAUUAUUUAAGGACCUUACACAUUAUUUACAUUUUAUUUUAUAAUUCUUUUAUUUUUGUUUGUAAAAAGAACAUAAUUUUUGUUUAACUAAGUUUAUUUUUUUAAGUAGCAGAAAUUGUAUUAAGUUAAACCGCUUUUCUAUAAUUUAUAGAUAGCUAUGGUAAAAAGUUGCAUACCUAAAUUUUUGGUUAAAAUUUGACCGAAAUGGGGCGGAAAAUAUUACAUAUAUAUAAAAAUUAAAUAUGUAUAGAAAUACACCACAAAUCUGCCAUAACUGUACAGUGUAAUGAUAUAAUAUAGAAUAAAAUGUAGUUAAAAAUUGAUUUUAUUUUUUAUUUAAUAAAAAAAAACAAAAUUUAUAUCUUGUGUAUAGUUAGUAAUAAAAUUAGAACUAAAUUUUUGUCACAGAAAAUAUAAAAUAAUUAAAGAAAACAUUUUGUAUAUAUUUAAAAAUAUUAUAAAUAUAACAAAUAAAUGCACACAUUUUAAUGUGGAAUGUGGAAUCAUGUGUGGAAAUGGAAAGGACAUUGAGGGAAAAAGUUAUGUGUUAAAAAAUCAAAUUACAAUCGUCCUUUUUUGCAGCCAAUUUAUCAUUAAAAAAAAUAUGUAAAUUUUUCCUCUUUGCAAAAAUUUAAAUAUUUAUAAAAAAUGUAAACUAAAAAUAAAACAAAAAAAAAACAUACCGUGAUAAUAUUAAAAAAAAAAAGAAAAAUAAAAUGAGAGAGAAUUUAUCAAAAAAUAUAUAUAUUGUGUUUGUACAGAGUUAGUCAUCAAGCGAUAUAGGUAGGGUACCCACACAAGGUCAAAGAGAAUGGAAGUUUAAAAUAGUUAAAAAAUAAUUUAAUACAAAAAAAAAAAAAAAAAAAUAUACUGAUAUAUUUAAAAUACUAAAAUUAAGAUUAAUUUAAAUAAAAUAUGGAAAAACAUAGCAAAAAGAAAAAAAAACAAUUGUAAAUGUAAAAAACAAACAAAAUAUGUCUUGAUGUGUUAAUAUUAGUAUUAUUACAUUAUUAUUAUAAAUAUUGUAUUAUUAUUCUUAUUAUUG